AUGGCCGACAACGAGGUGAGCGCGCACAUCGAACAGCGAAUUGUCAUGAAGUUUCCCGUGAAUGACGGCGUAAAGUCACCUGAAAUUCACAGAAGACUUCAGGCUCAGUAUGGCCACGAUGCACUUAACCGCAGCAAAGCGUUUGAGUGGUGCAAACGGUUCCGAGACUGCCGUACAUCAGCGCAGGACGAUCCCGGCCGGGGUGGCUCAGAGCCCAGUGUCAGAGUUCCUGAGAACAUCCAACUUGUGGAGCGCCUGAUCCUCAAGGACCGACGGAUAACACGUGUCGAACUGUUUGGGAAAGUUAGUGCCCGUUGGGUCCCGACGCAGCUCUCCGUGUUUGACGGGCAGAAAAGACUGGAAAUCUCCCAAGAGCUAAGGUACCGUUUCGACACUGAAGGACAGCCGUUCCUUGAUCGGAUCAUUACGUGCGAUGAAACUUGGGUGCAUAAUUUCACUCCUGAGUCUAAACGCGCAUCAAAACAGUGGAAUCAUCCGGGCUCGCCAGCUCCCAAGAAGUUCCGAAGCACCCAGUCUGCGGCUAAGGUCAUGACCAGGGUUUUCUGGGACAAGGCUGGCGUUGUUCAUGUUGAUUUUCUGCCCUGUGGUACCACCAUCAAUAGUACAUAUAACUGCCACGUUCUCAGGUAUGUGCAUAAGGCGCAGAAGCAAAAGCGGCCGGGCCUCAUCACCAAAGGAGUCCUCCUCCUACAGGACAAUGCACGCCCGCAUACCGCGCAUCUCAGGACACGCACAUUACAGGAACUCGGCUGGGAGUUGCUGCCACAUCCCCCUUACAGUCCAGACCUCGCCCCAGCGAUUUCCAUCUCUUUGGGCCGCUGA